CUUUCUGUUUCAAACUCCGGUUCUCGUAUUCUAAAGGUUUUAGGAGAGAUAAGUAAUAAAAGGCAGAGUUUAAAAAGUAUAUGUUUUUCCAUCUCUAUAGCACUCAAGUCGUUUUUUAUUAACGUAAUCCAAAAGUUAUUUUGUGGCAGGAAUUUGCAUUGUGAUAAGACAAGUUCUAUGUAAAGUUGCUUGGAAGAAACCGUAAAUAUUCGAGCAGGUGGAGCAUCAAUUCCGACACGUGAAAGGGAGACAAUUGUUGCCAGCAUUUGUAUCCUGCUGGUCUGCUUUAGUAAACGCAUAGGGUCCCCACGUUUAACGCGCCUGGUUCUUUGUUUGAAGGACGUUUCCAAAUCAAAAGCCGGCUUUUUCUUCCUUUUUGAACAUUUUACCUGUCAUUGUGACGUUACCCUAAAUACUGAAAAUGUCAGCUGAAAGAUAUUCAACAUUGGAUGAACCGUCGCUUCGGAACAUGCUGGAUGGGACGAUGGAUCUGGAUAAGAGACGGCUGAUCCGUUCAGCCAUCAGAGAGCUGAGGAGGAGGGAGAUGGAGGACAUGGAGGCAGCCCUGUCCAGAAAACGCUUCCGGCCAACAAAUCUCAGCCAGAACGACAACAAAGAGAACCAACUCACACAUAGGUCAGAAUUGGGGGGCUCCCUAGACGUGCUCUCUGUGAAACUACAAGCCAUCCAGGACAUUGAGGAACUGACUGGACUGCUGCGCGGUGCCAAUGAGUAUGAGGAGAGGAAACUGAUCAGAGCUGCCAUCUGCCGCCUCCGAGACGAGGAGCAGCAGGGUACAUGGGAGAAAGGGAGGACCACCGGCCAAUGUCUGGAGUCUGAGGGCCUGGAGCUCCAAAGCAGCCUGGGAACAGGGGACACAGAGAAGGAGAAGCUUAGCGAGCGAAAGAGAAUCAAGUCUCAGAUCCGGGAGCUACGGAGCCACGAGACGCAGCAGGGCAGAGAGCUGCACAGGACAGACUCCAACUCAGGCAUGGUUCUGGUUCUGGACCCCCUGGUGAGGGAUGAAGUCCCGGGCCCUCUGCUGACCCGCCCACCGACCCGGGAUCCUGUGACAUCAUCAGAGCCGGACGUGGUCUUAUCCCACCGCCAGCGUUUUGACUCGACAUCCUCAGAACGCAGCCUGGCCUCCAGGCCCCGUCUGGACUCUGGAGCCUCAGAGAAGAGUCUGGGUCUGGGCUCAGCCUUCCGGACCAGGGUGGAUUCUGGAGCAUCAGAAAAGAGCCUGGGCUCAGCCUUCAGGACCAGGGUGGACUCUGGAGCAUCAGAAAAGAGCCUGGGCUCAGCCUUCAGGACCAGGGUGGACUCUGGAGCAUCAGAAAAGAGCCUGGGCUCAGCCUUCAGGACCAGGGUGGACUCUGGAGCAUCAGAAAAGAGCCUGGGCUCAGCCUUCAGGACCAGGGUGGACUCUGGAGCAUCAGAAAAGAGCCUGGGCUCAGCCUUCAGGACCAGGGUGGACUCUGGAGCAUCAGAAAAGAGCCUGGGCUCAGCCUUCAGGACCAGGGUGGACUCUGGAGCAUCAGAAAAGAGCCUGGGCUCAGCCUUCAGGACCAGGGUGGACUCUGGAGCAUCAGAAAAGAGCCUGGGCUCAGCCUUCAGGACCAGGGUGGACUCUGGAGCAUCAGACAGAAGCCAGUGUUCCGCCCACAGAGGCAGACUGGACUCUGGGGCCUCAGAGUCCCACUUCAGACAGAGACUGGACUCUGGCACAUCAGACUCCAGUAUGGGACCGCCAGCCCCCCUGGGCUCUGAGACCUUUGACGGCGCAGGGCUCCUGUCACGGAAACGGUUGGACUCAGGGACAUCUGACGUGUUGUCUGUGGGCCGGAACCGAGUAGAGCAGCCAGAGGUGACCAUGAGUAGCUCCUCCUCCAACACAGACUCCGAGGCUGAAAGCACCAACCACCAUCCAGACCAGUCACAUCAAGACAGCACCACUACCAACCAUUAUCAGCCUGAUGGGGCCGUCCUAUUCAGGAAAGUCCCAGACUCCCACAGUGGCCUGCUCAAUGGCAGUGCCAAGGAAAGAGGAGACAUCCAGGAACAGAAGGUCAGAUAUACUUUACUCACUCCUCUCAGAAAAGCAAAUGAUGCAGUUCCUGAGAAGAAAGAGCCGGUUGUCUUGGCCCCGUUCGGCCGGGCUAAUUCUGUGCGGGACCGUAUGCGUAAGUUCACGGAGCCCAGUCCCAGUGUCCCGGUGCUGAAUAGGGGUUCUCAAGCUCUGAGGAACGCGACAGCCCCCAGUGCCCGAGUCCUAGGCAGAGCCACCCAGCUGAGUGAGGGGCCAGCAGCAGGGACAGCCAAGCAGACUGCAGUAACCACAGUAGUAUCCAUCACCACCCCUACAGACAGACCCGGGAGACCCCAUGUAGGCUCUACAUCCUACUCUUCAUCCGCCUCCUCAAAGAACCAUGUCCAAUGCCAGGGCACAGUUCAUCCAGGGGGCGUGGCCACCAAACCUCUACAAAGCGCUGCUCAAUCCUUGAACGCUGUAGGCGGGGCAAAGCAGGCAGCUGAAAAGCUGCGGCACGCCUCGGGCGGCUCAAAGGAAGACAAGACCACAGGGAGAGCAUCUGCACAGCGGGACAGCAAGGGAGCGGCAGACCCCGACAUGAAGACCUUCCUAACUAUCGAGAUCAAAGAUGGGCGUACCACCACCACCUCUUCAUCCUCUAGAGGCAACCUGGCUCCACGCAUCUCCACCAACCCCAUAGGUCAGAGAGCAGACUUGACCCUGGGCCUCAGAGCGACCCCCUUCAAGAUGUCCUCCUCCAGCCUUACCUACGGCUCCUCUUUCAAGAUGGCCUCAGAGCCCAUGUUGGCAGUGGAGCCCUCAGUGCGGGUGGCUUGCUGUCAGCCCCCAGCUGCUGUAACCAACGGCUCCUAUGCGCCACCUCGGGACAAAUUCGAAGAGUGCUCCAGAAAACUGACCGCAGAACAGCUGGCCGCCAUCGACGAUGAGGAGCUCCUGGAUAAAAUGCUGGAUGAGUCCAAGGACUUUGAAGAGAGGAAGAUGAUCCGACAGGCCAUGAGAGAUCUGCGUAAGAGGAAGAGAGAGGCCAAACUGGGAUGUACUCAGGAGGAAAUAGACCAGAGAGAAAAGGAGCGGGAGUUUCGUCUUGCGGAGCUUCGGCAGCAGAGAGCGGAGCAAACUCAGAAGGGUCGUACGGGAGGAGGAGCUGGAGAGGUGGUCAUGAGGAAGGUGGAGAUGUCAGCUGAUGGCUCCACCCUCAGCCAAGUCACCAAGACAGACCGCUUUGCCCAGUCUGGUGAUGGCAGCAGGACAGCUCACAGCACCAUCAUGGAGGCCAGUUAUGUGAAGAAAACAGACGUGGGGACAGUUCAGUCCAAGUCCUACAGCUGCUCCUCCUCUACCUCCAGCAGCAGCUCCACCAGGAAAGUGGGCAGUGUGUUUGACCGCGAGGACGACUCGGCGUCCCGUGCUGCGGAGCGCCGGCAGGCAGAGAAGCGCAAGGAGCUGAUGAGAGCCCAGACUCUGCCCAAGAUGUCCGCCGCACAGUCCCGCAAAGCCAUGAUCGAGAAACUGGACAAGGAGAGCGGAGGGCCAGGAAAUAAAGCAGUUGCCAAGGUGAACACAGUCCAGCGCUCGGCUAGCUGCGUGGUGCCCAAUGCCAACUCCAUCAAACAGAUGCUCCUGGACUGGUGCCGCGCCAAGACCCGCUCAUACCAGAAUGUGGAUAUCCAGAACUUCUCGUCCAGUUGGAGUGAUGGCAUGGCGUUCUGUGCCCUGGUCCAUAACUUCUUCCCAGAGGCCUUUGACUACUCCUCUCUCACCCCUGCCAACCGCAGACACAACUUUGAGGUGGCCUUCAGCACUGCAGAGGAAUGUGCCAACUGUAUGCCCCUGUUGGAGGUAGAGGACAUGAUGAUCAUGGGGAGGAAGCCUGACUCCAAGUGUGUGUUCACCUAUGUGCAGUCACUGGUCAAUCACCUGCGCAGGUACGAGAUGAAACUCGCCAAACUCCAGGGCACCAGCCUCUGAUCUGCUCACUGUGUAUCUUCCCCCAUCGCACCCUCUCCUGAGCCCUGGUCCUGAACACCACCCAUGUCCCAAAAGACAGCAGCCCCGACUCUGAGUGAGGGGUGUUACUGAUUUGCAUCUCUGAUGGCCAACAGGGUGGGGAGUGUGUAGGUGAUGGCAUCCAUCUUAUGAUUAUCUUUGUUGAUGGUGGUGGCAUGCCAGACAGAUAAAUUCCCUUCCUCUGAACACAUUUACAUUUAAGUCAUUUAGCAGACGCUCUUAUCCAGAGCGACUUACAAAUUGGACACAUUUGUUUAGGCUGUGCGAACCUUCCCGUCUUAAUAGAGCAUCUUUAAGCUUUAAUUGAUAUUUUAUACUGAUAUUUAGUUGAACAGCCUAUCAGUCACAAGGCAGUUCUAUACAUGGUUUGGAAGUCUGAAGAUUUAGCACCAACAAAACCCUACAUUAAAUGUACAUGAGAUAGGAACUUUACUGUAUUCCCUCACCCACAUUAAUGCCUACAUUUUUUAGUUUUCUGUGACAAUUGCAAGAUGUUACUCAAGUUGUUGGCGAUGAUGAAGAAAAAAAAUAUAUGAGGCAUUGUUAAUAUUCCUUCAGUCCCCACUCUGGUACUGUUAAAGGUGUUACCAAAUCUGCUAAACACAUCUAUUUGAAUUGUUUUAAAUAGUGCUUGGUAUGGAGGGAUGUUAAUUAUUAUUUGGUGGGUGCUUAUAUUUAUCCUAUUACACACACGUACAAGUAUUUAUUAAUACGCAUGUGUGAAUUUGAUUAUUUUUUGCAUAUCACAACGCUCCCUGAGACAUCCUCAAGAAAGUGGGAUCACGGCCAGGGUCUGGACCCUAGACCAAUUAGGAUUAAAUGCCUUGCUCAAAGGAUCAGACAGAUUUUUCACCUUGUUGGCUCGAGGAUUUGAAUUACCGACCUUUCGGUUACAAGCCCAACACUCUAACCCAGGGAUGGGCAACUCUAGUCCUCAGGGGCCGGAGUGGUGUCACUUUUUCUCCAUCCCUAUCAAACACAGCUCAUUAAACUAACUGCAUUCUAUACUGAAGAUCAUGAUUAGUUGAUUAUUGGAGUCAGGUGUGUUUGCUGAAGCAAAAGUGUGAAACCAAUCAGGCUCCCAAGGAAUGGAGUUGUCCAUCCUUACUCUAACCACUAAGCUAGCUGCUGCCCGAUGUUAUUCAGCAGCUGGCAUUAUGAAAUUGGCGGAUCCGUCUAUGCAGCACUAACGUAGCAGGUUUAAAGAAACGCAUGAGAAGGUUCUACAGAAACCAGAAGCAUCUGGUUCAGGCUUUGUCUCUUCUCUGCUUUUCCCCUGAAAACCGUAUGCUUUCAGGUUCUGCCGACCAACUGAAGGUGAUGCAAAACCGAUAUCUGAAUCUACAGACUCACUGAGGUUGAAGCCAGACUAGGUUGUGAAACUAUAAUUGUGUAUUUACACCACUCAGAAUAUUUACAUAAUUUUGGUCUGUGGAGAAACGGGUAACACCAGGUAAUCUAGAAACACCAAUGUGUGAUUUUAUCACACCUUUUCUCCUUGUCCUUGCCGCUGUUCGCUACAUUGGGGCCUAAAACAAAUCGUGGCAUGGGGUUGUCACAUUCACACUGCCAGCAAACACAUAGAAACACACAGCUCUUUAAUUAUGCUUGGGUAACAUUUUUGUUGGUGGUCAUACCAUAUGCUUUGAAGUUUUGUUUCAUGAGUCCAUCUAUGAAAACGUUUGUACAGGCAAUAGGUUGUUAUGGUAAUGUCAGUAUUUGUGGGCUCCAGAGUGGCGCAACGCACUGCUUCACAGCUCUAGAGGUGUCACUACAGACCCUGAUUCGAUUCCAGGCUGUAUCACAACCAGCCGUGAUUGGGAGUCCCAUAGGGCAGCGCACAAUUGGCCCAGCGUCGUCCGGGUUUAGCCGUCAUUAUAAAUAAGAAUUUGUUCUUAACUGACUUGCCUGGUUAAAUAAACAUUUGAAUAUGAAAAGGUUUAUUAGAGGCCAACCAAUCAAAUGUAUUUAUAAAGCCCUUCUUACAUCAACUGAUGUACAGAAACCCAGCCUAAAACCCCAAACAGCAAGCAAUGCAGGUGUAGAAGCACGGUGGCUAGGAAAAAUUCCCUGGAAAGGCCGGAACCUAGAGGAACCAGCCAACUUCCCUUCUAAAUUCUUGGGCCCAAUGAAAGCUGGCUUUCAGCUCAGUUGAUUAUGACAGGAGAAUAUUAAUGAUAAAGGCUGAAUGUACUUUAUUGCCCAUGUAUAUUUUCUGAAUUCUAGCUAAAUAAAAAUGUUUUAUGGUUUCUUUA